AUGACGACCGCACUCACCGACCAGGAGCGCAAGGCAGCAAUAAAAGCGUUUGAGGAGCUUGGUUUGUGUACCCAGUUAGCGGAGGCGGCCGCGAACCUGGGAUGGAAGACGCCCUCCGUCAUCCAGCAGCAGGCUGUGCCUCCGCUGUUGCAAGGCAGCGACGUCAUCGGCCUGGCGCAGACCGGCUCCGGCAAGACGGGCGCGUUUGCGCUGCCCAUCCUGCAGGAGUUGAUGGACAAGCCCCAGGAGCUGUUCGCCCUCGUGCUGUCCCCCACGAGGGAGCUGGCCAUCCAGAUCGCGGAGCAGUUUGAGGCGCUGGGCAGCGGGAUAGGGCUGAAGACCGCGGUGCUGGUCGGCGGCAUCGACAUGAUGGCGCAGGCCAUCGCGCUGGCGCGGCGGCCGCACGUCGUGGUGGGCACCCCGGGCCGCGUGGUGGACCACCUGUCCAACACCAAGGGCUUCAGCAUGCGGUCCCUGAGACACCUGGUGCUGGACGAGGCCGACAAGCUGCUGGACAUGGACUUUGAGCAGGAGAUCGACCAGAUACUCAAGGUCAUCCCCCGUGAGCGCCGCACCCAGCUGUUCAGCGCCACCAUGACGAACAAGGUUCAGAAGCUGCAGCGCGCCUGCCUGGUCAACCCCGUCAAGGUGGAGGUGGCCCACAAGUACUCCACCGUGGACACCCUGCGGCAGCAGUACCUCUUUGUGCCGGCGAAGCACAAGGACUGCUACCUGGCUUACGUGCUCAACGAGCUCAGCGGGUCAACAGCCAUGAACGUGUGCGUGCCGUGA